AUGACUGAUGUGGAUCCCCCACGCCCGUCGCAACUUCUAGUUGCAAACGCUGCGUCAUUGAGCCAUGAUUCGAAAACUGAAACCACUACCAAAACUUCAUCAAUUAAUGUAAAAAUAAAGCGCUCUUCCUCGUCAUUUGCUUUGAAUAAACUUUCUUUCGCAUCAUCUGAUUCAAGCCCACUAUCUUUGUUUCAACGAAGAAUCUUUUCUUCACCAAACGACUACAGCAGUACCAACAGCCUGUCACAAGUAUCAACAUCAACAUCUCCCGAGUCUUUCUCUCUUUCAUCGUCAUCCACGCCGCCUUCUCCAACUUCGUCUGUGGCCACAUCUCCUAAUGCCACUACUAUAUCCUCUCAAGAUGGAUCAAGCUCUGUUUCUCGUUCAUUGAAUCUGGCCUCCCCAGAUAAUCUGUCACUUUAUAAUUACGGCACCGGUAGCUCGUCAGGGUUUAUCACACCUAUCAAACGACGGUCAUCUCGCUACUCUGCCAUUCAUCGUAAAAGCAUGGACUCGACUUCGCCUCCUAAAGAUGAAUAUAGUCGAGAAUUUAAGAUAUUGGAUGAAGACCUAUCUAAAUUCCAGUCCAAAUCUGGCGUCAACCGUUCCAAUGUUCUUCGUUUAGCAUUAUUGCCUUUUCUUCGUCAGCAUCGAGGUGAAGAGAAUUAUGUCAAGCACUCGAAUGCUAAAGAGCUAUACUAUUAUAGAGUAAAAAUAUUGCAGAAAUGGUGGAAUUCCAUUUUGGCUGCUUUUAAAGAUCGGUCUAUUAGUGGUUCGGACCGGUCACUAUAUCUGGAAGGAUUAUCUGGCCUUAUGGCUCGUCUUGAAUGGCGCUCGAACCCGAUUCUUUAUCAACAAUUGUUGUAUGAAACCAUGCAACUUGUCAUAUCUAAACUCAGCCUGAAGACUGUUCCACUUUCAGUUGCAGCAUUUUCUGGUAAGGUUCUUGCUUAUGCAUUCUUUUUUGCUCCUGGUAUUGCACCAAUUUUGCUACAUUUACUUGCUGUUCCUCAGCAUGAUAUUGAUCGAGUAAUUUCUUGCACAUUUCGACCCGAUAAUAUUGCUUCUGACAGUGCCUCGCAACAGUUUUAUCACCAUCAACAACCAUUUGCAUCUUGUGCGUCAAUUUCUGACGCCACUUUAAUUCUAACGUCGACUUGUAACUUCCCCAAACAUCUCGAACCUUUGUUGGGGUAUUGUGAAGGUCGCAAAUCUCCUGCUGCCUUACCGAGUAAAUCAACUACGGUAUACAAUGCGUCAAGAUUCUACAAAUCUAUUCCCGCACCUCAUCCUCCUUCCGCAGUGCCAAAUAUCUAUGGUCCGUGGUCUAGAAGGUGGGCAUCGUCCAACAGCGAUGUAUUUAUUGCAUUCAUUAAGCAUUACUACUCGAUUAUUUCCUCUAUUCUUCCACAGGAUUUGCCUUGGAACGCUCAUGUUGCGUCCCCUGGUUUAGUUAUAUUACAUUCGUUUCUUCUUGGAAGCCUUGAUUUUGCUGUUCAUCCCCAUGAUGAUGGUCAUGCUAACGCAUCUGGGUAA